AUGUCAGUGCCGGAAAUAAAGGUCACUGACUCACCUGACAAUGAGCUCAUGGAUUAUGAAGAGGAUGCAACCAGUAACCAGUCCCAAAGAUCUAGUGAUACACAGAGAAGGUCAAGCAGUUCUUCACCACUUCGACCACAGUUCCGCCAGUCAAUCCCAGACAUUCAUAUCGAAACAGUAGACUACCAAAGAGUACCAGAAUAUGAGACUCAAGCACAAUACUCAGACAAUGUUUUUGAUGAUUCUCAGAAUGAAGAAUUCUUCAGCAUUGAUGCUGAAGGCAAGUCAAGGCGCAAGUCCAAUGAAGAGACUUCGUCAGAUGUCCAGGGAAGAUAUCUCACAGAAGUUCUUAAUACCAAGAGUCGAAGAUCCUUCAGUGACAGUUCACCAGAGAGAUAUGGUCGAAGAAAGUCAAUUGCUGAACUAACACCUGAGAUGAAAGCUCGCAUUUCUGUGUUUGAAGAAAUAACGGACUUCCAGGGAGAUAUGGCUGUCCCCAGUCACCUGACUGAGGUAGAGGUCAGGAGAGUCAGUGUUGACUAUGGUCAAGAUCAGGAUAUUGAGAUGAGCUCUGAUGAUGUCUUCAGCCCAAGCACCAAAGGCUCUUCCCGACGUUUGUCAACACAAGGAGAUGGUCUUGAGAGGCGAAAGUCAAUCAAGGACAAGAUUCUAAAUAUAGAACGAAGGAAAUCCCUCCGAGACGAAUCUAUUGAUAUGCCGGACGAGUAUUUAGAAGUGGAUCCAGCAUCAGGAGGAAAAAGAAGUAGACCUUCCGAGGAAGAAAUAUUAGUCACAGAACGCAGAAGGUCAACUGGAGGUGAGCUGGUGGACAUCAAGCGCAGGAAGUCAAUAAAAGAAGAUAAUCUAGAGAAUUUGCAAAGGAGGAAGAGUAAGGACACAAGUGCAGAAAGAAAGUUAAGCAGAGACGAAAUCCAAGCUCUAAAUCAAAGAAGAUCAUCAACCAAAGGUGAAUUACAGGACAAGGAUAGGAGAAUGAGCAAAGAAGAAAUCAUGACCUCAAAACGUAGAAGAUCAACACGAGCUGAAUUACAAGAAUUAGAAGGAGAAAGACUCAGCAAAGGUGAAAUACAAGAACUCAAGAGAAGGAAAUCAUCCCAUGGUAGUUCCCAUGAUGCAGAUGGUAGCAGCCGUCGUGAAAGUGUAAAUUCUGAAGAUCCAAAUAUUCAGGCAGCUCUGAAGGCCCAGUUGGGGACUCUCCUCUUGCUCCCAGAAGCAGGUAAUGAUAACUAUGAAACCUUUAGGGAAACAACAGAAGAAACUAUUACUCCUGAAGUUAUGGCCCGAAGCUUCAGUGAGUUGGAGGCUUCAGAGGGAGUAGAUGAUGCAGAAUUAGAAGAACAAUAUUUGAGGGCCAUAUCUCCCUACCUGAAGUAUCGUAAGUCCAUCAGUGAAUUAGAACCUUACAUGCAGUUCCAGGAUGAAGCUACUAAAAUUCAAGCUCAACUGUCAGCCAGCAAAGAAAGUCAGGAUGGUGAUGAAGGUUCUUCAUCGAGACAAAAUGCUGAGGAGAUGCACAAAUCAAGCAUAAUUUCUGAAAACAAUGACUUAACUUCAGGUAGUGAAAAUGAGUCAGACCUAGAUGUGAAAUGGGAGGUUAAUGAAACUGAUAAUUAUGAGCCUGUCAGUGAUACUGUGUCUGACUUAGGUAGACGAGAAUCCACUGGAGUAUCUAGAGGUGACCCAGAGCCAAAACUUGUCACCUACCAAACAGUAAACACAGAUGCUGGAAAUGGAAAGCAAUUAUCUCGCAGUAAUUCUCUUCGCAGGCGCAGCUCAAUACCAGUGGUUGAUGUAGAGCCAGAACUACAAGCUCUUAGAUCACAACGAUAUCUGAAAAUUGCAAGCCAGCAAACAGAAGAACUCUCCAUGGAUAAAGUUGAUGGGUCUGGAAUAUCUUCUUCUGAUGCAAUAGCACAAAGUCCAUCAAAGAAUUCCUUGCCAGAUGUUGAGGAACAGCGCUCUCAAACGUCUAACACUGAAGUUCGUAGAUCAUUCUCUGCACCAUCAGAGAAUCAAGCUGUUGACACGCCUACAAGUGAUCUGGAAACCAAUUACAAAGAUAAUGAAAUAAUUAACACAAGUCCUAAUAACCAGUCAAAUCUUGAUAUUGAGUGGAACUUUGAUAAGCCUGUUAGAGUUCGAAAGCUUUCCAAUAUUCCUCCAGAUGACAAUGAAUAUUUGACCCACAGGUCAAGUGGACCUAAAUAUCUAAAUGUGCAAAUUGAAGAGGCCCUGGGAGGAAGUGAGAUUACUGAGAGGAGAAAGUCUAUCAGUGAUGUGUUCCCUGAAAUUGACUUCCGGAGACCAAGUAGCAUUGGGGCAACACUCAAUACUAUAAAUGGUGAAAGUGAGGCAGAUCUAGUGCAAGAUGAAGAAGUUUCCACCACUAAUAACUCUUCCCCCUCAGUGGCAGAUGUUCAGUCAACAGUGUUCUCGUUACCUGACUUGAAUGCUUUCAUGACAGCACCCAGACCAGAACUAAGUUCUGAGAACCAGGCUCGCAAAAGUUCAGUUUCUAACUUAUUACAUGAUGGUCAAAGCCGAAAAAGUUCUAUUUCAGACCAUUCACCUCAGACAAAGAGUCGCAAAAAUUCUGUUUCAGACCAUUCACCUCAGACAAAGAGUCGCAAAAGUUCUGUUUCAGACCAUUCACCUCAGACAAAGAGUCGCAAAAGUUCUGUUUCAGACCAUUCACCUCAGACAAAGAGUCGCAAAAGUUCUCAAUCCAAUCUGUCACCAGAAACACAGAGUCGCAAAAGCUCUGUUUCAGACCAGUCACCUGAGAACCAAAGCCGGAGAGGCUCAGUCUCACCCAAUGCACAAAGUCGUAGAAAUUCAUCAUUGUCACCACAGAGACGCAAGAGCACAGCUGGUGGUGAUUUUUUGUUCACACAGCCUCGCAAAUCAAUUGCAGAACUAACUCCAGCCAUGUUAGCCAAAAUAGCAAAGUUUGAACCCGUAGCUGAUAAUGAUUCACCUAUAACUGACGAAACACAAGAUUCUGAUUUCCAAAGAGGUCAGUCAUUACCCAUGAAUAUGCCAGACAUCCAGAUUCAGACACCAAGUAGUGAGUCUGAUAAUGAAGAUGAGGACAGACAAGACCCAAGUCUUUCACAUGGGAUGGCCAUACAUGAUGAGUCUUCAGAAAUGGAAUAUCACAGCAUACCAAGGGAAAGGGCCAGGCAGUUGUCAAUUGAUGAGGAACUGUUGAUAUUAGAGCGGAGGUUGUCACAGACUGGAGAUUUUCCGGUUGUUGGUGAAAAUACAGACUUCAAAAGACGUAGAUCUGCAGCAAGUGAGACUUCAGAUAUUAAGAGAAGGAAGUCAAGUAUGGGAGAGGAGGAUGAUACAAGCACAGGGGAAAUACUUCACUUGGAGCAGAGAAGACUUACAAGACAUGAAAUUCCUGAAAUAUCUGACAUGGAAAGACAAGGAUCUGAUCGCCGAGGUUCUACUUUCAGUAACAGCUCAAGCUCUGAACACCAAGAUUCUGCAGUGAGCAAUAUUUUAACCUCUGUGCGUCGAGGUUCUGCCAUGAGUAACACCACUUCUGAACGGCGAGGUUCUGCAAUAAGUAACAUCUCAGCCUCUGAAAGGCGAGGUUCUACCAAGGGUAACAUCACUUCUGAACGACGAGGAUCAGCCAUGAGUAACAUUUCAGCCUCUGAAAGGCGAGGCUCUGCCGUGAGUAGUACUUCAGCCUCCGAAAGGCAAGGAUCUUCCAAGAGUAACAUCACUUCUGAACGGCGAGGUUCUGCUAUGAGUAACAUUUCUGUUUCUGAACGACGAGGAUCUGCCAUGAGUAAUAUUCCAGCCUCUGAACGGCGAGGUUCUGCUAUGAGUAACAUCUCUGCUUCUGAACGACGAGGAUCUGCCAUGAGUAAUAUUCCAGCCUCUGAACGGCGAGGUUCUGCUAUGAGUAACAUCUCUGCUUCUGAACGACGAGGAUCUGCCAUGAGUAAUAUUCCAGCCUCUGAACGGCGAGGUUCUGCUAUGAGUAACAUCUCUGCUUCUGAACGACGAGGAUCUGCCAUGAGUAACAUUUCAACCUCUGAAAGGCGAGGUUCUGGUGUAAGUAAUAUUUCAGCCUCCGAAAGGCGAGGUUCUACCAAGAGUAACAUCACUUCUGUAAGGCGAGGUUCUGCGAUGAGUAACAUUUCUGUUUCUGAACGACGAGGAUCUGCCAUGAGUAAUAUUCCAGCCUCCAAACGGCGAGGUUCUGCCAUGAGUAACAUCUCAGCCUCCGAAAGGCGAGGUUCUGCCGCGAGUAAUAUCUCUGAAAUGGAACGUCGUGACUCAGCUACAAGUGACGUCUCCAACAAGCAACGUCGAAGCUCAGCCAGAAGUGAUGUUUCUAACAAACAACGUCGAGAUUCGGCUAAAAGUGACAUUUCUAAUAAGCAACGACGAAGCUCAGCUAAAAGUGACAUCUCUGAUAAGAAACGCCGAAGCUCUGCCAGAAGUGAUGUUUCACACAUGAAACGACGAAGCUCUGCUAGAAGUGACAUAUCUGAUGCGCAACGGCGAGGCUCUGCUGUAAGUAACAGUUCUGCUCGAAGUCAAGAGAUUGAUGUAGAAGGUGAAUAUUAUGAUAAUGAACAGUAUGAAGAGGAAUAUACUGGUGAAGAGGAAGAAUAUUAUGAAGCGGAAGAUGUAGGAGACCAGGAUGAAGAAUAUUUUGAAGAGGAAGAAGUAGAAGGCGAAGAGGAAUGUGCAGAGGAUGAAGAAGUAGAAGGCGAAGAGGAAUAUGUAGAGGAUGAAGAAGUAGAAGGCGAAGAGGAAUAUGUAGAGGAUGAAGAAGUUGAAUACUAUGAAGAAGAGGGUGAAGCAGAAGAGGCUGAGGAAUAUUAUGAAGAAGAGGAGGAAGGUGAAGAAUAUUACGAAGAGGGCGAAGUGGAGGAAGAUGAAGAAUAUUACAAAGAAGAGGGUGAAGUGGGGGAUGAAGAAUAUUACGAAGAAGAGGGCGAGGCAGAAGAAAUCGAUGAAUAUUAUGAAGAGGGUGAAGUAGAGGAAGGUGAACAUCAUGAAGAGGGUGAAGCAGGAGAGCCAGAGGAAUAUGAUGAAGAGGAAGGUGAAGUAGAAGUUGAUGCGCACCAUGAACAAGACGAUGAUCAGCCUGAUGAAGAUCAAGGACAUGGUCAAGCUGGUCAAGUCAGUGAUUCUGAUGAAAAUGUAAAAUAUCUUAAAGAGGAAGUUGAUGAUAAUGAUUUAGAAUACACACGGCCUCGUACACCAGAUAGGAGAUACCUAGAAUCACUCAGUGACACACAGGAAGUGGAUGAUAUUCCACAAGAUCAAUCAGAGAACCUAACCAAAGAACAAGAUGAACAAUAUCUACGAGCAGCUUCUCCUUAUCUGAAAUAUCGCAAGUCAAUUAGUGACCUUGAACCUUACCUCGAUUUCAAGAAAGAGGUUAGUGACCUUAAACCAGAAAUCCAGGCCCAAUUUUUGAGCAGUCAUGAAAAUGGUCACGAUGAAGAACAAAGCCAAGCACACAGAAAAUCAACAGAGUCUGCAGAAUCCAGUAUUCGUCGGUCUUCACAGACCUCACUAUCAGAAAGAGUCUCCAGAAAUUCGAGAGGAGCAACACCAGACAUAGAAAUUAACCCCCAGGAGCUACCGACAUUUGAGAUUCACGACCCAAGCACUGACUCAGAAACAGAAGGGGCAGCAACAUUGAAUAUACCAAAAUCACAAGAAGAACCAAGAAAAUCGAUUGGGAGUGAUGUCUUGCAGUUUCUGCUGAGGAGAUUCAGUAGUCAACCUAUACCAGACCAUCAAAACCUACCAAAUGAAGACAGGGAGAAUUCAGAGUUACAAACUGAGCAGUAUGAAGAAAAACGCAAAUCAAUUCAGUACAACAGUUCAGACAGUGAGACAGAUCUAAAAGUAAAAUGGGGAGUUAAUCUGGGUACAGAGAAUUCUAAAGUUCAAGAAAUUGUAGGUGAAGCUGCAACCCGACGCAAGAGCAGUGCAGUGAAUCCAGAACUUCUUGCCUCUGAACUGAUUGAUGAACUUGAAAAUCAGAGAAAGAAAAGCCUUAGUGAAAAUAAACUAGGAGAUAUUGAGGCAUAUCAUUCUCUUCCUGAAGAUGAGCAAGACAUGGGAAACCAGGUAUUGGAAACAGAAUGGAAACCUCAGCCACUUCCUCGUAAGUCUUUCAGCCAUGAAGCACAACUGCAUGAAAAGAACAUCAAGGAUGCUCAUGAUGUAGAGUCAGAUUCACAAGACAUUGAUAUUGAAGUUUACAGAAGAGUUUCCUCCACCUCCACAGACACAAAGGAAAAGCUCGCAACAUCACCUGUUAGUUCACCUGGUGAAUUUAAUACUCACUAUUCACCACGAGGAUCAUCUGCUGGAAGAGAUUCAUCAGCUGGUCUUGAAACUGCAUUGUCACCAAGGCACUCAGUAGCAAGCAUAGUGUCAGAAUCCAAAUCAGAAUCUAGGAAAUAUUCACAUGACCUGUCAUCAAAUACUGAUUCUCUAGACAUACAAGAUAUGCCAAAUCUUCGUCGCCGUUCAAUAGUUAGGCUUGAACCAGAACUAAACUAUCCUACUUCAGAUGAUGAAGACACAAAUUCAACAGGAAGUACUGAAGGUCUUCAAAGGAAGAAAUUCAGUGUUAAUUCUAAUGAUCUCCAGUUGAUUGACCAAGCUGGUUUAGAAGCGAUGGUUCGUAGACUGAGUAGUCAACCAAUACCUACCCACAGAGACAGUAUAAACCAAAUGGAAGAUGAAUUACAAAGUGUUGCCAAUGUCGCAGAUCCAGAAGAUGACAUUUCUUCUAGGAAUAAUAGUUUAGCACUGGAAAAAAUAAUUGAUGAACAGCUAAAAUCUCCAAGGGGUUCAACAGCUCACGAAACAACAGCAAAGACAGAUCUUGAAACUAUAAUAAUGGAAACCUUAAAAUCACCAAGGGGGUCAAUCAUAGGGUCACAAAAAGGAUCACCUGCCCUGUCCCCAAGGGCCUCAUCAGCAGGUCUGCAAUAUAAACUCUCUCCCCGUAAUUCUUCUGAUCUGAUAGACCAAGAAACAUUAGUGAAAGACAACCAACCUGAGAUAGAAGAAGCUGGAGGUCUGGGAACUGAAGAUGAACAGAAAGCAGGAGGCCAGCCCCAUCAAUCAAUUGGAGUGGAGAUAUUAAACUUCUUGGCUCGUAGGCUUAGUAGCCAACCAACACCUGAACUUGCUUCUGAAAAUAGAGAUGAGAAUACCGAGUCAGUUGAAGAAUCAACAGAAGUUCUGACUGACAUUCCAUCAGUUACAGAGCCUUCAGUAAGUCUAGGAGUACUGGAAUCACCAAGGGGAUCAGUUGCAGGACUAGAUGUUGAGAUGAUACCAUCAGGCAGGUCACCAAGAGGUUCAUCUGUAACAAUAGAUUCAAGAAGAUCAUCUAGAGCCUCUUCUGCAGGAACAGAGAGAGUAAAAUCACCAAGAGGAUCUUCUGCAGGAUUUGAAUCAGAAAAGUCACCAAGAGGCUCGUCUGCUGGACUUGUAGCUGGAAAUUAUAGUACUGAGUCUGUUGAAGGAUCAGUGGAAGAUCUGACUGACAUUCCAUCAGUCAAAGAACCUUCAGUAAGUCUAGGCGUCAUGGAAUCACCAAGAGGAUCUGUUGCUGAGCUAGAUGUUGAAAUGAUACCAUCUGUAAGGUCUCCAAGAGGCUCAUCUGCAGGACUGGAUUCAAGAAGGUCAUCUAAAGCCUCUUCUAUAGGGCCAGAAAGAGUAAGAUCACCAAGAGGAUCUUCUGCAGGACUGGAAGCAGAAAGGUCAACAAGAGGCUCAUCUGCAGGACUUGAAGCAGAGAGGUCACCAAGAGGGUCUUCUGCAGGACUGGAAGCAAUGAGGUCACCCAGAGGCUCAUCUGCAGGACUUGAAGCAGAGAGGUCACCAAGAGGGUCUUCUGCAGGACUGGAAGCAAUGAGGUCACCCAGAGGCUCAUCUGCAGGACUUGAAGCAGAAAGGUCACCAAGAGGAUCUUCUGCUGGAUUGGUAGCAGAAAGGUCACCUAGAGGCUCAUCUGCAGGAAUAGACUCAAGAAGGUCAUCUAGGGCCUCUGCAGGACCAGAAAGAAUAAAAUCGCCAAGAGAGUCCUCAGUAGGAUUGGAAGCAGAAAGGUCACCAAGAGGUUCAUCUGCAGGGAUAGACACAAGAAGGUCAUCUAGAACCUCUUCUACAGGACUGGAAAAAGGAAGAUCACCAAGAGGGUCUAAUGCUGGACUGGAAAUAAAUAGGUCACCAGAAAGGUCUCUGGAGGCUUCCUCUGCCAGACCAGAAGCAGGCAUCAUGGAAUCACUAAGAGGAUCUGUAAUAGAACUGGACAUGCAGUUGAUAUCUGAAAAAUCUUCAAGAGACUCAAGGUCAUCUAGCACAUUUUCUUCAGGUUUAGAAAAAGGGAGAUCGCCUAGGGGGUCCUCUGCAGGAUUGGAAGAAGAAAGUAUAGAUACAAAGUCAGUGGAAGUAAGAGAUCUGAAUGAGAUUCCACAAAUGGAAGAAUUGUCAGUAAGUUUAGGCGUCCUAGAAUCGCCAAGGGGAUCUACUGCAGGACUGGACACUCAGGUGACACUAUAUGAAAGGUCACCAAGAAACUCCUCUGCAGGGAUAGAUUCAAGAAGGUCGUCUAGAGCUUCUGUAGGAGCAGAAAGAGGAAGAUCACCAAGAGGCUCUUCUGUAGGACUGGAAUCGGAAAGGUCACCGAGGGGAUCUUCUGUAGGUCUGGAAGAAGAAAGGUCGCCCAGAGGCUCUACUGUAGGUCUGGAAGCAAAAAGGUCACCUAGAGGCUCAUUUGCAGGACUGGAAGCAGAAAGGUCACACAGAAGCUCUUCCGCAGGGUUGGAAGCAGAAAGGUCUCCCAGAGGUUCUUCUGCAGGACUGGAAGGAGAAAGGUUACCAAGAGGCUCUUCUGCAGGACUAGAAGCAGAAAGGUCACCCAGGGGCUCCUCUGUAGGACUGGAAGCAGAAAGGUCACCAAGAGGCUCAUCUGCAGGAAGAGACUCAAGAAGAUCAUCUAGAGCCUCUUCUCCAGGACUUGAAAGAGGAAAAACACCUAGAGGGUCCUCUGCAGGAUUAGAAACUGGAAGGUCUGCAACAGAGUCUUAUGUUGAACUAGAAGCAGAAAGUGAAGAUUACGUGGUAGUGAGAGAUCUGAAUCACAUUCCACAGGUGGAAGAGUUAUCAGUGCAUCUAGGUGUCCUGGAAUCACCAAGAGGAUCUGUUGCUGGACUGGACAUUGAGAUGAUGCCAUCUGAAAGACCAACUUCAGGCAUGGAUUCAAGAAGGUCAUCUUCAGAAGCAGGUAGGUCACAAAGAGGUUCAUCUGCAGGAUUAGAAUCAAGGUCACAAAGAGACUCGUCUGCAGGAUUAGUAACACCAAGAGGAUCCACUGUAGGACUUGAUACAGAAAAUUCAACAAGAAAUUCUCUUGAAGGACUGGAAGUAGAAAGAUUACCAAAACGAUCUUCCACUGAGCUUGAAAUGGAAGAGUCUCGAGGAGCCUCUGCUGGACUAGAAGCAGAAAGUCAACCUCGUCAGUCAAUUGGAGCAGAAAUAUUCAAUUUCUUGACUCGUAGGCUUAGUAGGCAACCUACACCUGAAAUUGUAGCUGGAGAUAAUAGUUUUAAGUCAAUUGAAGGAUCAAUGGAAGACCUGACUGACAUUCCAUUAGUCAAAGAACCUCCUGUAAAUCUAGGCAUCCUGGAAUCACCAAGGGGGUCGGUUGCUGGGCUAGAUGUUGAGAUGAUACCAUCCGUAAGGUCUCCAAGAGGCUCCUCUGCAGGACUGGACUCACGAAAGUCGUCUAAAGCCUCUUCUACAGGACCAGAAAGAGUAAGAUCACCAAGAGGCUCCUCUGCAGGACUGGAAGCAGAAAGGUCACCAAGAGGCUCAUCUGCAGGACUUGAAGCAGAGAGGUCACCAAGAGGGUCUUCUGCAGGACUGGAAGCAAAAAGGUCCCCAAGAGGUUCAUAUGCAGGACUUGAAACAGAAAGGUCACCAAGAGGCUCAUCUGCAGGACUAGAAGCAGGGAGAAAGGUCACCAAGAGGAUCUUAUGCUGGACUGGAAGAUGA